UGAUUCAGAUGAAAUCUAACACCCAGCCCACGAAUCAGAUAUAAGAAGAGCUCUGGAAGGAGUGGGGUGGGGGGAGCUCGGCCUUACAAGGGGGCUCCAAAGGCACCUCCUCCCAGCAAGUUGACAACCAAGAGCCAAACUUCUGGCUCCGAAAUUUCCCUCCCUCAGCCUGGGUUUCUCGAGGGUGCGCUUUAGCUUCGCGCACCGUGCCCUCCUCACCCCAAGUCUCUCCCCUCUCCCCACUGUCUUCCAUGCCAGGUCCUGACAUGGAGCUUCGCUCGGAGUUGCCCAGCGUGCCCGGCGCGGCGACGGCGGCCACGACAGCGACGGGGCCGCCCGUGGCAUCUGUGGCCUCGGUGGCGGCGGCGGCGGCGGCGGCCGCUUCGCUGCCGGUGAGCGUGGCUGGCGGCUUGCUCCGGGCGCCCCCACUGUUGUUGCGGGCGGCGGAAAAGUACCCGCGGACCCCCAAGUGCGCGCGCUGCCGCAACCACGGCGUGGUGUCGGCGCUCAAGGGCCACAAGCGCUACUGCCGCUGGAAGGACUGCCUGUGCGCCAAGUGCACGCUCAUCGCCGAGCGCCAGCGCGUCAUGGCGGCGCAGGUGGCGCUGCGCAGGCAGCAGGCGCAGGAAGAGAACGAGGCGCGCGAGCUCCAGCUGCUCUACGGCACCGCCGAGGGCCUGGCGCUGGCCGCGGCCAACGGCAUCAUCCCGCCGCGACCCGCCUACGAGGUCUUCGGUUCGGUGUGCGCCGCCGACGGCGCGGGGCCGGGAGCCGGAGCGCCCGCGGGGACUGGAGGAGGCGCGGCGGGCGCCGGGAGCUCAGAGGCCAAGUUACAGAAGUUUGACCUGUUCCCCAAAGCCCUGCUUCAAGCAGGCCGGCCGGGCAGCCCGCCCCCGCCACCAGGGAAGCCCCUAUCGCCCGACGGUGCGGACUCGGGUCCCGGGACCUCAUCCCCGGAGGUGCGGCCAGGCUCGGGCUCUGAGAACGGCGACGGCGAGUCUUUUUCGGGGUCGCCCCUGACCCAGGCCUCCAAGGAGGCAGGUGGCAGCUGCCCGGGCAGCGCUGGGCCUGGAGGCGGUGGCGAGGAGGACAGCCCAGGCUCCGCCAGCCCACUGGGCUCUGAAUCCGGUUCGGAGGCCGACAGGGAAGAGGCAGAGGCUCCUCCAGCCCCAGGGCUGGGCGGGGCCCCGGGUCCAAGGCAGCGGACGCCGCUGGACAUUUUGACGCGCGUCUUCCCGGGCCACCGGCGGGGCGUCCUGGAGCUGGUGUUGCAGGGCUGCGGCGGCGACGUGGUGCAGGCCAUCGAGCAGGUGCUGAACCACCACCGCGGGGGCCUGGCGGCCGGCCUCGGCCCCACCGCGCCCUCGGAUAAGGCUGCAGUGGGUGCAGCAGCAGCCGCGGAAGAUGGGUGGCUGAGCCGUGUUGACGCCGCCGGGGGCCCCGGGCUGCCAGCGCCGCUGCAGGCCGGCCCCGCCGCACCCCCGCACCACAGACCUUUGCUAGCCGGCGCCAUGGCUCCCGGGACGCUGGGUUCGCUGAGCAGCCGCUCGGCUUUCUCGCCUUUGCAGCCCAACGCCAGUCACUUCGGCGCCGCCGACGCAGGUGCCUACCCGCUGGGCGCGCCGCUCGGCCUUAGUCCCCUGCGCCUGGCCUACUCGGCGGCGGCGGCGCACAGCCGCGGCCUGGCCUUCAUGGCCCCUUACUCCACCGCGGGCCUGGUGCCCACGCUCGGCUUCCGCCCGCCCAUGGACUACGCCUUCAGCGAUCUCAUGCGCGACCGCUCCGCCGCCGCCGCGGCUGCAGUGCACAAGGAGCCGUCCUACGGCGGCGGCCUGUACGGGCCUAUGGUCAAUGGCGCCCCUGAGAAGCAGUAGGGGAGGGUCCUGGCAGCUGGGCGCCGGGCGGCCCCCAAACAGGGACCCCAGCCUUGUCCCCGUGGGCGGCCGGUCCCCCUUCGCCCAGUGCGCGCUCUGCUUCCCGGCGGGGGUCCUCUCGCUCCGAGGUGGUUCCCAGUUUUGUUUUGAAGGGUGGGUGGGAAGAGCUGAGAAAAGUGGAGCAGCUACAAAUGCAGAUGUCCUCGGAGGAGGUGCGAGGCCCUGAUCCUCACUCCCCCACCCCCUCCCUAAGGUUCCCCAGCCCUUGCAAAAGCGACAAUGCUUGCGAAUUCGAAGUCUGCCUCCGUAGCAGCGCACGCCCAUCCCGCCCGUGCGCUCCAAAGGAUGGCAGGAUGGUCCGAGAGUCUGUCUUCUGUGUCUCCCCUCCCUUUAAAGAAUCUUAAAUAUUUGCUCUAACAAAUACAAAUUUAGGAUGUAUAAAUCUCUUGGCACUGAGUCGAGUCUUUGGGACACACAUAUAUAUCGAUAUCAUUGUUUUAAAAACGGAAAAGUUCUGCGGUGCACUUUCCUCAUUGCGGUAUUUGUCGCUCUUUGUCGCUUAUGCCGGUAAGCAUGGGUUCCCGUGGUGCAGUGUGUUUUUAUAUAUGUAUAAAUCUAUAUAUAACCUAUACACAUAUAUACAAGCCAGUGUAUCAUGUUAUACAAUGGAAUUCUAAGUUAUUAAUUGUAAUCUGUAGGUGACCUCGGUAUUAACGUGAAAAAAGCCAAAAAAAAGGACAACAUGGAAAAAAUUAGACUCUACACGCAUUGUACUUAUCAGGUUUUAUAAACUAAAUCUAUUGUAAACUCCCGGACGGAUCUUGCUCACCUGCCUGGGCCGGCCUCUCCCUCAGGAGCGGUCAAGGUGAGCGCCGAGGCGGGAACAGAGCGACUUGGGACUGAGCCGGACCGGUCCUCCCGCGGGCCCGCCCCUCCUGCGGGGACUCGCCACACGCUCCGGCCCAGGGCGGCCGGCGGGACACGCAGCUGCAGAGAAUGGCUCACUUCGUGCUUUCCUUUGCAGAGACAUG